ACCUGUAUACCCGCACCUGUGCCUACCUGUGCCGCCACAACCUCAGACCCUCAUCAUGCUCAACCUCAUCAAGCUACCUCACGUCUUAACCAUCAACCAGGUUCCCAAAGUGUUCCAUGAGGAUGGGAUCAUAUCGGGGUACCGGCCCCCCUACAGUUCAGCCAAGGACUGUGCCCUGAGCGUCUUCCAGCCGACCAAUGAGACCCUCAACAUCUGGACACACUUCCUUCCUGCAUGGUUCUUCCUGUGGAAGCUGCUUAUGGUUGCCUUGGCGAUGGAGGAGGGGGAGCGCAGCCUGUACUCCUGGCCCCUGCUGGUGUACCUAGCGUCCUGCUGUGUCUACCCGCUGGCCUCCAGCUGUGCCCACACCUUCAGCAGCAUGUCAGUCAGGGCACGCCAUGUUUGCUUCUUCUUCGACUACGGAGCGAUCAGCUUAUACAGCCUCGGGUCGGCGGUAGUCUACUCCUCAUAUACGUUUCCUCAGAAGUGGGUGAACAGCACAUUCCACCACUGGUACGUCUCCAUCGCUGUGCUCAACUCAUUCGUCUGCACAGCUCUGGCCUGCUGCUCAAGAUUAGGUUUGCCGUUUCUUCACUACAGCGCGGACACCAUAAAAGGUUUGCCUGACUACCAAGUUGCAAAGCUUACUAAACCUCUACGUAUCCUAGCCUUUGCAUUGCCGUAUGUUUAUGACAACAUCCCCCUAUUCUACAGACUAUUUGUCUGUGUCGGUGAGGGCUGCACAGACAAUGAGGCCAACGGUGUUCAUCAUCAGCACAUAGCUCUUGCCUUCCUCACUGGCUUCCUCUUCGCCACUCGCCUUCCAGAACGUCUGGCUCCAGGGAGUUUCGACUACAUAGGGAACAGUCACCAGCUCUUUCAUGUGUUUGCCAUCACUGCCACUGUGGUCCAGAUUAAGGCCAUAGAACUGGACAUGGUCCUGCGCCAGACGUGGCUCCUUGCUCACUCACCUCCCAUUACCUUCACCAACACAGUGGGGGUGACUCUGGUGUCUGUGGCAGCCAAUCUGUGUGUCAUCUGUAUAUUUAGUCAUGCACUAUUCUCCACCACCAAGAACAGGGACAAAGACAACAAAUUGUCAGACAUUAUCAAGGGCUAUGACUCAUGUUCAACUAGAAGUGCCUUUUGUUGUCAUCGGUAGUUAGGCUCAAUGGCACAUGAUUGGCUGCUUGACAGGUGUGAGACAGGAAAUCACUCCGUCAGUGGAAGUAAUGUAUCACUCAAAGGUCAUGAACAAAGACUGACACUCCAAAGGAUGCACGUCUAGAAUUUUCUUAUUUGCUCUAUGUUAUGACCUGGAAGGCCUAUUUAACAUUGUUAAUUAUUUAUGGACUUUAAUUUCUUUGUAUAUACAUAAGUUUGAAAAAUGGCAAUGAAA